GUAUUCUGUUGACGUGGCGUGAGCGGUAGCAGUUCACCAACAGUGGCUAGCAGGUAUGUAACAAACCAACGGCAAGGUGAGACAGAAGAUAAUCCUCUGGAAGUACGACCAUGGAUAUUAUUCAGUACAACUGAUUGAUCGGUGUUCAUUUUUUUCAGUGAAGAAAAAAUGUCCAGUAGAAGCCAGCACUAUGGGUUUCAGUCAGCCACCAUGGUGCAGCCUGCCAAUGGCGGUCAUGCCUAUCUGUUUGGAAACAAUGGCUCAGAGAAUGACCUGUCAGAGGAGGAUGGGGAGAGCUAUGAGCUGCGGCCUCGUGGCAGAGAGAGGCUACGGAGGAGCACCUCCAGAGAGAGAAUGGACGAUAUUAUCUACCUGGCCAGAGAUAUCCAGGAAGGGGACACUCUGAACAGCAUUGCCCUGCAGUACCAUUGCUCAGUGGCUGACAUUAAGCGUGCCAACAACCUCUUGACAGAGCAGGACUUCUUUGCCCUACGUUCAGUUAAGAUUCCUGUGAGGCGCUUCAGUGUCCUCACCGAGACUCACAGCACCGGACCUCUAAAAUCUGCCUCCCCCUCAGGUGCCAGGCACCUGCCUCAGACCUCACCUGUUACCUCCCUCCCUUCUGAGUCUUCCACAGACUCCUCUUCUUCUUCAACUGACAGUGUGGAGGGAUUCCUCCUGGAGAAAGACAAGGACAUUGAGCGGCUGGUGAAAUCCACAGGCCCAUCUCGGAGCAGUCUGAAUGAGGUUGUUUCCUCCUUAACGCUGCAGCAGCAGCAGCCACUGCUAGCAGAAGUAGACUAUAAACCAGCACAGAGAAAGGACCCUUAUUAUGGGGCAGACUGGGGCAUGAGAUGGUGGACAGCAGUGGCCAUCAUGCUGGUUGUUGGUAUUGUCACGCCUGUGUUUUAUCUGCUGUACUAUGAGGUUCUCAUGAAAGCUGACGUCAGCCACCAUGGUAUUCCUACAGAUUCUCAUGGCAACAUACUUCCUGGACAUGAUAGUAACUUGAAUCCUGUUGGCAAAGACAGCCAUGAAGGGGCUGGAGCUGGACAUAAUUCCGGAAAUGUGGUUAAAGAAAUUCCCCAGGGACCCGGCGUGAACAAAGCAGAGAAUGAUGAACAUGGUGGCCAAGAGAAAACAUAGCAAGGGAUUAUAACUUUACACACAAGUUUGUUGCUAACUCAGAGACCUAAUAAAACUGGGUGGAUGUUCCCACUUUUAAGUAGUUUCUAUUGACUUAAUACAUCAAUGCAAUCUGUCUGAAUGGGAUAGUCACUUUAUAGUGGCAACAGUAACUUUUAUAGGGUGGAGAGACUAGAAAUAAAAGUGUGGCCACAAUCAUUCCUUUUGUCUGUCCAUUUACAUUGAUAUGCUUUUCAACAAGGAGUGACCAUAGGCUGAAAAUGGGUCCAUCUAUUUCUGCCAGAUGUGUGUCACUUUUGACAGACAAAUUUUAUAGUAUGGCUGAACUUUUUGGGACUGAUGGAAAGGUUUCAGAGCUCUCAACAUCAGGAAAGCCAGGAGCACUGAGGUGAUGUUUUUGUUAUUGUUGGGGCUGCUGCAUUUUAAGCCUCAAGCAGAACUCUAACCGGUUUCUUCAGUGAUGGAUCAGUGGCCACACCAUAAGACUCUCAAACUUACUCAGUUUGGUCAAAUUGUACUUUUUUGCCAUGUGAGUAAUUUUUCAAUGAUACUUGUUGGAAAAGUAUGAUUGCUGCCAUUAUGUUUAAUACAGAAUUAAUUUAUUUCAUGACUAUUAAACAUUAUUUUUACUUACACUAUCAGUAUUGGGAGUUGCCAGUUAAAUUAUGUUUCUGAGAUUUCAUGAAAGUUGCUUGAAUUUUCUUUGAGUUUGCCUGAAGAGAACUGCUUUUUUUCCAUUUCAAAAAAACCUCGAAGAGCAUGGUGAGGAAAAUGGGAAAAGCACAUUAUUCCCACAAUGACUCAUACUUGUAAUUAUGUGAAAUUUUAGACUUUGUUAUAUAGCCCUUUUAUUUUAUCACUGUGUUCAGUUGAUAUUUUACGACAAAGCAUUUUGUGUUGUUGUUGACAGUACGUGCCUUUCAACCUGUGGAAAUGUGCUACAGGCUGGAGAAUAAAUACAUCUAUUUUGAAUAAAUUAUUGCCAGUGUGCA